CUUUGCCAUGUGGUCUGAGGCAUGGAGGAGAUUGAGUGUUUAAGGUCGAUUUAUUGCAAGGAUGGAGAGUUUAUUAUACACUCCGGUGAUGCCUGUGAAAAAGACCAACUUAUCAGCCCAAUGUUUUCAGUCAACAUUAUUUCUGGAUCCAAAAACUCUAUAGAACUUCAGGCGACAGUUGUGCUAUCUCCAAAAUACCCUGACAUUUUGCCAGAAUUCACAUUGACAUGUGACAGCAUUAAACGAGAAGAGAUGUCAGAAAUGAGAAAGGAUAUGUCCGCCUUUGCUGAGGCUCUGCUGGGACAGCCAAUGCUUUUUGACUUAAUGAGCUGGUUGCAGGAAAACGCUGUGAAGUAUAGUGUGAGGACUAGUGUAGCAAGUAUUGCAACGGGCCCAGACUGGCCUGUCACUAGUGUCACACCUGAGGAAGAUCCAUGGACGUUCCUUCUUCUCCUUGAUCAUAUGAGAGCUAAAAAGAAAUAUGUCAAAACUAUCCAAAAGUGGACGAAAGACUUGGAACUGAAUGGACGCUUGAUAUUUGAGGGGAAAUUGAUUUUAAUUCUCUUGCAAGGGAAACUUGAAAACAUUAAGGAGUAUGUUGUGCGUCAAAGAACAGUCUCUGUUGAUGUGGACUCCAAGGGCAGAAGUUGUAAAGAGAGAAUGAUGAAUGUUUUGUGUGAAGAAAAGAUACCACUAGCAGCUCUUGAUAAGAGGUUCCAAAACUUUGAAAUUAUUGAGUGUACGUCAAAGGAGGCUGUAAAGGAUGCUUUUCACUCGGCUGGAUUAGAAAGCAUCUUUGAUAAAUAUAUCACAAGCUUGUAUAGUAGAUGAUAAAGGUAAAGGUUUGCUGGUGCAUGGAUUGACUUGGUGCUUGAUUACUCAUCUUGACGCUUACGAUUCUGAUGACAAACUCCUCUGCUGGAUGAUGACACUGUAGGCAUGAAGCUGGAAAAUUUCCAUGUGUGUCUUGGUAUCUUCAGGAGAAUGACUUUGGAACUAUGGUGUCUUUUGAAAUGAACUAAACUAACUUUACAAACGACAGUGUCAAAUUGACAGUCACCACUGUGUAAAAGCAAGCACUGCUAUACAUGCCGGAAGAUGAGUCCAUUGAAGCCAUUCUAGAGUUAUAUGCUGGGUUUGUCCGUACCACGUCGGCACAAUAUGUGUAUCAGGUAUAAGGUGCACUUGGCCACCUACAAAACACAGAAUGUGGCCAUUGGACUGUUCUUCCAGUCUGUCUAGUAUUGUAUGCUGGUGAUGUACCUGUGGUAACUAAAAACAUUUGAUUAGAACCUGCAUUUCUUUUGGAGAAGGUGGGUAUGUUUUAAGUGUCAGGUUCUAAAUGCUUUGGGUCAAAAAAGGCCAGGACUACAGGGAAAGGCAUUGGCCCAUAAGCCCAGGGGGUACAUCCAUGUCCAUGGAAUUGGUUAAGACCACUUAGGCAGGCAGGAGCCAGCAGUGGGAGGCUUCAAUCCACACCUCUUUCAGCGGGGUGAGAAUUGGAUUUUAAUGUAUUUGCCGGUGUCCUCUUCAUGUUGAGUAUAAUCAGUCUUGGAAAAUGACAGGAGUGAACAUUUUUAGACAUGAAGCCUAGGUGUGAUAUAUGCCAUGAG